AUGCCCCUAGUGUCAUACUCAGACUUGACGUCUGUAGAUCUCGACUACAUCGUCGUCGGAGGUGGCACUUCGGGCUUGACUCCGGUGGCCCGUUUGAGCGAGAAUUCCAAUCUCAACGUGUUGGUAAUCGAGGCUGGCGUGCGCCAUGGCCCUACACCCGAAAUCGACAUCCCAGCCGAGUCGUCCUGCAACCUCGCGGCAAAGGCCUUGGGGAACAACUUUAUGGGAAUGUUCUGUCCGCCAAAGUCAGAAAUGAACGCUCUAGAGCAAGACUUUGGCAUGAAGAGAUGGAACUGGGACAAUCUCCUCCAUUACAUGAAAAAGAUUUCACUCAAGUUCGCGGCAAAGCCUAACCUUGCCUUUCACGGCACCGACGGGCCCCUCCAGAUCUCGUACGGCCCCACUGAUACCACUAUGCCUCUUAAGCCCUUCGAGACUGCGGAGAAACUUGGUAUGCCCUGGAAUUUUGACUCUGUGCGGCGUAUUCAUACGGAACCGGCAUCGGUGACAAGCAUCCUCACUAUAGACACCAACACUGCCACCCGGUCCUACGCGGCAAACGCAUAUUCCGAGCCCAACCUUCAUCGCAAGAACCUGCUGGUACUUACCGAAGCCCAAGUCACGAAGGUCUUGCUUGAAGGUCAAGGAUCGCUGUUACGCGCCACGGGAGUUGAGUUCGUGCAAAAUGGACAAACACUGUGCAUUGAGAACGUGAAACGCGAUGUCGUACUCUCCACCGGGUCUUUCCAGACCCCUCAGCUACUGGAGUUGUCUGGAGUUGGUAACCCAGAUAUUCUCUCCAAACAUGGCAUCAAGACCUUGGUCUAUCUACCUGGUGUGGGAGAGAACCUUCGGGGCUAUAUAGGCGUGUGUACCGUUGCCGAAUGCGAGACUGAUGACGAGACGCCAGAUAUCCUGGCAGGCCCUGAUGUCAUCAAACUUCAUGAGGACCUAUACAGGGAAAAAAAGGAAGGUCUCUUCGCGUCCACUCCGCCCGGAGCAUUCAUCUUUGCUCCUGCUUCCGCACUGGGUACAAAGGAGGAAGUAGAGAGCUGGAAGCGUCAGGCAGAGGCGCGGAGUACCGAUGCUCUCGUUAAUGCGAUUCCGCUGCUGCAAUGGGCCGGCCGCCAGCCGAUGCCCUACGUCCCUCCUGCAGAGCCCGGCAAGCGUUACACGUCCUUCUUCUGCGCGCUUAUGCACCCUCUCUCGCGCGGAAAUGUACACAUCGCGUCUGCGGACCCACUUGCGCCGCCCGCGAUCAACUCGAGCUACUUCGCGGACGAGACGGACUUCGAUCUGUGCGUACACAUCCUCGAGUACAUGCUUCAGCUCCUCCGGACGCCGCCGCUGGGCCUACAGGUCAAGUCAUCGCUCGUCCCAUCCCAGACGCUCAUCGACCGCGGCACUGAAGGUUUCAGGAAGUACGUUAAAGAAUUCUGUGGGCCUGUGUACCAUCCGGUUGGCACCGCGGCGAUGAUGGCGCAUGAAGACGGAGGUGUCGUCGAUGCCGAGCUGAGGGUCUAUGGGACAAAUAACCUUCGCAUAGUGGACGUUUCUGUUCUGCCUCUUGAAGUGUCAUGUCACACCCAAUCCCUGGCCUACGCCAUUGGCGAGAAGGCUGCGGACAUGCUCAAGACAGAGGCGGCAGAGAUCUGAAGCUGGUAUUUUCGUGUACCUCUGUCUCGAGGGUAUACGGGAAGUGGCCCAUACAUGGUCUGUGGCUGAG